AUGAAUAAAUCACAAGAAGAGGAAGAUCCUAUUGAAGAUUCUGAAAAUGAAAAUGGAUUUCCUUCUGCACAAAAACCUCAUUCGCAAUCUUCAAUUAAUUCUACCUCAGAUGAGGAAAUAGAAAACAAUCCGGAAACAAUUGAUUCAGAAAUUGAAGAACCCAGACCACAAGUUGUUGUUUUAAAACCAGCAAUUAAUUCAUUAUUAAAAACACCACCACCACCGAAAAUGGUACAACAAGAUGAAUCUGAGAUUGAUGAAUCUAUAGACUCUGAAGAUAUAAGUCAGAAUCAUAAAGGACCUGAAGAUUCUGAUAUUGAACCAAUAUCAGACGUAUCUUCACAUCCUUCACACAGCAUAGAUGACAAUCAAGAAGAAAUAGAAGAAAUACAUUCUUUUCUUACAUCGCAAUACGAAGAAAUUGAUACACAGGGAUUGGAAGAAUUUUUCAAAGAAGAGUAUAUUGCAUUGCGAUUUGUAGAAGAUCUUACUAACACUUUAGAAAUCUGGGAUUGCAAUUUAACAAGAAUUAUUAAAUGUCGACAUAUCCCUUUAGAAACAGAAUCAAAACAUCCUAAUUACAGACAAAUUAUCGACCAUAAUGAAGUUAUUUGCAUCAUUAAUGAUAAAAUCCUUCCAAAAGAAAUCAACGAAAAUACCAAGUUUUUAUUGAAAGAACCAUUUAAAGUAUUUACAUACCUAGAUGAUCUGGCUAUUAUCGCCCCAUCAUUUAUUGCAUUUUAG